CGGACGAUGGAGGCUUUGAUCAGGGACGAAGUGAUCGGGAAGCGUGAGACGUUGGAGGAGGCGUUGCGCGGCGUCGAAGAGGCGGAGGCGACGAUGAAGACGAUUCGCGAGGGCGCGAAUGAAAUCGCGGACGCGAUGCGUCGCGUGGCGCGCGAAAUCGGAGAACCGCAUGAAUCCGUGGAGGCGUCGACACGGACGCUCGAGCGCGUGAUGGCGACGGGGGAGACUUUGCGGGGCGUCGUCAAGGUGUUGAAGCUGACGAGUAAAUUGCGCGAGUGUUACGGCGGCGGCGACGACGAAACCAGAUCGAGAGACGCGAGCGAGUUGAGUAAAGCAGCCAAGCUUCUGGGAGAGGUUAAGCUCACGUUGAAGAGCGCCGGUCGCGAUUUCGACGGUGUUGACGUCGUGGAUGAGCAAAUGGUAUUUAUUCAAGACUGCUCCGUAGCCGUCAGUCGCGAGGCGAACGAGGCGCUGGAUCGAGGCAUGGAGACCGCAUCACAAGCUGACGUCGGCGCGGCAUUGCAGGUGCACUACAACUUGAAUGAGCUUAGCGCCGUCGUGGAUGCGCGCGUGGCGAGUUACACGAACGCCGCCGUCGACGCCGUCAAGGACGCCGUCGACGCGGAGAGCGUAGGCAAGACGGCGACCGGCGCGAGCGGCGACGGCGCUCGACGCGGCAGUCGAGGUCUCGUGGCGCCACCGAGUGGAGCCGAGCACGCGUGGGAAGAUGCUCUGUGGCGUCGCGUCGACGUCGCCAUGGAAACCGUGCAGGAAAAUGCCAUGGCGGUGUGGCAUCUGCAACGCGUGUUGGCGAAGAAGCGAGAUCCCCUCACUCAGACGCUGUUUCUCGAUGAAGUUGUCGGUAAAACUGCGUCGACGCAAGCGCUUUGCGAUCGUUUUUGGGCCGUGUUUGCCAAGGGCGUGAGCGAACACCUGUCUCGCACGCACGCCGCCGGGGGAUUUGUAUCGCGCGCCUUGCAAAAGGGGUUCCCAAGUCUCAUCGGCGCUCUCGAAGACGCCGUCGCCAAGUGUGCUCGAGACGCGGACGCGGCAAAGGGGGCACCAGGAUGUACGCGUAAAGACGGCACGACACGCGCACUGGUUUUGCGUGCGUGCGAACCGAUCGCCGCGGCGUUCUUCGCGCACUCUUCCUCGCGUCUGAGCGACGCCGCAAACUAUUGUUUCGCGGAUGGGCGCGUGAUAGACGAGGCGAGCGCCGAUCGAUUUCUUUCUCGCAUUCGCGCUGAAAUCGAUGUCGUCGCAGAAUACGAUAAUUUGCUCAACAACGCGUGUGGAAACGCGAGUUCUGCUUUGAAAACAUUGGCUGACCGGGCAAAGCGGUCGAUCGGUCGAUCGAUCGAGGCUUCGAGUCUAACCGAAGAGGCCACGCCGACGCAACGCGCGAACGCGCAAAUCGCCGAGCAACUCGCGCGAGCGCACGGAUUGAUGAGCAAAGUGUUGCCAUCCUUCGCGCCGACGCCGAAGCGAGCGUUGGAGGUUGGACUCGAACACAUCGAGUCUGCGGUGCGCGAAGCCACCAGACCGCUCUUCGACGCCGUCGGCGAUUGGUGCGACGCGAGAUUUACUCAAAUGCACAACACCGACUAUAGCUCGACUGCGUCGGACGGGUCUGCGAAGCACAUCAUAGCGGUCACCUCUACACUCGGACACGUGGCUGAUUCGCACCCAGGUCUUUUCACCGCCGCUCGCGGACCGUUGUUUGCGGCUCGCGUCGCGCUCGGCGAUCGAAUCCUGCACUCUUUCGUCGUGCACGCUUCGCUCAUUCGCGAUUUCGAUCAGGGCGGGAAAAUGCGUCUCGUCAAGGAAUGCGGAGAGAUCGAACUCGCAGUGGUGAAGACCCUGCGUCUGGCUGGGGCGGAAACGGAAUCCAUGGAGUUCAAAUCCAUCAAGGCGUUUAAAUCGCUCGUUCUUUUGCCGACGGAGAACAUCGAAGCGUCUCCGUUGGUUCGAGAUGUGUCGCGGCGAGCGCUGCUACAUCACUUGUACAGUCGCGCGCCUGCCGAGUUAACGACGCCCGCUAAUCGUGCAUCCCUCAGUCAAACGCAAUACGCAUCGUGGUUACUUAAAAAAGCGAGCGACGCCGAGGUGUGGCGCGGUGUCAAGGGCACUCUCGAC